AUGCGUAAAUAUUUAUUACUUGCCCUACUACUUUAUAACAUCGUUGCAUUGGCAACGAGUUCGAACAAUUAUGAAUACGACGAUAUGGAUGGAAACAAAAGACAUUCACUUAUCGACGACAGGAGAAACUGGAGGAAAAAGGCGUUAUUAGGCCCUAGUGAACAAGAUCAUAAGGAAUAUGACACCAGAAAGAGAAACGACUAUGAUUCUACGAGAUAUUAUGACGAGCCGGAGUCUAAUGCAUUCGGUGGUAUCGAAAGACAUCGAGAAGCAGACACUGCAAAUUACAGAAAACGCUACGACGAUCUUGAAAAACUGCCAGGGAUAAAGAGUGCAGAAUCGGGAUCACAUACUUCAUCUUAUCUCGAUGAUAAAAAAUCUGCUGUUACAUUGAAUUGCGACCGGCCGCAUGAAAGAUACGAGUCGUGUUUCUCCGGCUGUGCGUCUGUCACAUGCGACAACCCCCGCGAGCGGCUGCGCCCCUGUUACCCAUUCUGCGAGCCGGGUUGCAUCUGUGUCACGCCCUAUGUUCGUGACGACCGAACGCACAAGUGCGUUAUGCCCGACGAGUGUACUAAAGGCCUCAAAGGAAUUCCUGAUUUGGGUGAAGAAAUAUGA